CUGGCCGACUUGCGCGGCGGGCCCGGAGCCGCCCCGGGGGGCGCCUCGCCCGCCUCCUCCUCCUCGGCUGCCUCGUCCCCGACCUCCGGCCGCGCCCCCGCCAGUGCCGCCGCCAAGAGCCACCGCUGUCCCUUCCCGGGUUGCGCCAAAGCCUACUACAAGUCCUCGCACCUAAAGUCGCACCUGCGGACACACACAGGUGAACGGCCUUUUGCCUGCGACUGGCCAGGCUGUGACAAGAAGUUUGCGCGCUCUGACGAGCUGGCCCGCCACCACCGGACACACACGGGCGAGAAGCGCUUCCCCUGCCCGCUCUGCACCAAGCGCUUUACGCGCAGUGACCACCUGACCAAGCACGCCCGCCGCCACCCCGGCUUUCGGCCGGAACUGCUCCGUCGCCCAGGCACACGCAGCGUGUCGCCCAGCGACUCUCUACCCUGCAGCCAGGCUGGCAGCCCUGCCCCCAGCCCAGUGCCCAGCCCUGCACCUGCUGGCCUGUAGACCCUGGGCCCCCAUCCUGAGCUCAGCCCCACCAGACCUCGGCGGGACCACCAGCAACAGGACACACCUGCCGCCCGUGGCUCCUGGUGGGGACCAACGUGGACCCUAACCCCCCCCCCAGCUGUUCCUAACCCUGCUCACACAGGAGGGGCCUGAUGUUGGACCUAGGUCAGCCCAGCGGGGGUGGCCUGAGAGGGGUCCUGGGGGGGCCCAGCCUGUAAAUAGCCAUGAUUGUUAACUCUUUCCAUCUGUUCCCAGGGGAUCUUGGGUGGGCAGUUGGCCAGCUCCCCCAUUGCCACCACCCUUGUCUUCCCCCCAAGGUGGGUUCAGGGGUGGGGUGGGGCCCAGGGGAGCCCCCUUGCCCAGUGUGGUCACUGGGCCACCAGGCUACUCCCUCCUCAUUGGGAAGAAGUCUGCACAGAGCCAUAGCUGACCAGGGGGUCCCAUAGGCCACUGCCUGUCCCCACCCCACCUCACCCCACCCUACCCCGCUGAAAGCCAUUGGAGAUGUUCAGGGAAAUGGGGGGGUGCCGUCUGGCUGCCCCCCUACUCGGGUACUCAAUCUCAGGUAUCCACAGAUGGUGCCCCUGGAAGGGAGGGGUGGCCCAGCACCCCAGGCCUGCCCAGGAGAUGGGGAGGAGGGGACUGGAGCGUUUUCCCCAGGGAGCGCUUGGUGGGCAGCAGGAGGUAGGCUAUGUAUGAAUGCUGGUUUAUUUAUUUUCCUGGCUCUGCUGGCACGGGGAGGGUGCUCUCCUUCCUUGGGUGUGUGUGUUUGUGAGUGUGAAAGUGUAACAGAGAGACUGCAAGGGAGGUUGGGACAAGGGUCCGAGCUCCCCUCCACUGAGGCAGGGUCUCUGAUUUUGGCCUUCAAGGCACUGUGACCGACAAUCUUGUACAGGAAUCUCGUGGCCAUUGGGGUGUGUGUUGUCCCUCCUGUCCCAAAGCUGGGCAGUAGAGCCCAAGGGACAGGUGUGGCAGGGCUUUGAAGAGUCCCUUUCUUGUCCCUUAAAUUUGGACUCCUUUGGGGCUCUUGGAAGUGGGGCAUCCCCCAUGCCCCCUGCUGCAAGCAGGAGGUCCAGCUGUUCAGCCUGCUGGGUAACUCUUUUUCUUUUUGGAUGCAUAGAGUAUUUUUUGAGGCACCUCAUUCCUGAGUAGGUCCCUGUGGGUGGUCUAUUGUUCAGGGCUGUGAGAGUGGGGAGGGUCCCUGGUCUUAAGUAUGGGAUGGGCUGAGCAGCAGUCCUAGGGUAGCCUCCUGGGUUCCACAGUGCUGUCCUUCUGUGGUCUAUGUGUGUCCUUUGCAAUGGACCACCACCCUGGAGAGGAAGGGGCCCCGGGCUCCCUGCACAAGACCCAGAAGGUGUGGCCAUCAGCUGCAGGAAGUUUUGGGCCCGCGAGUGGCUUUCAUGGCCUUCCUGUCUUCUGACUGGGGACUUCGGGGUCUAGGUGAGGCCUCUCUGCCUGUUGCCUGCUCUGCCCUAGGGGAUGCAGAUAUGGUGCUGGAGUCCCGGCCUGAGGUGGUAGGGCAUGCCCUUCUGGAGCUGGGCUCGGAGGGUUGCUGGACCCCGCGUCCUCUGUCAGGGCUGCCAGACCUGUCUGUCCACAACCUCCCACCCUACCGUGGCAGCAUUAGUGAGAUGCCUUAGUCCUUGGGUGGGUUGGGCGGGGGGCUAGGGCUUCCCGUUUCUUGUGUCCCUGAGUGUGUCCUGCUUGGUCCCAGUGUGCCCUGUGCUUACCCUCUGCAAGGGGUAGGGUGUUGUUUCAGGGCUCAGGAAGCCCAAAACAGUGCCACCCUUGACCCUGUCUACUGUCCAGGGGUCUGGAGAGACCCAAGCCCGCUCCCUCCCCCCAGGAGUCAUUGGGACCUGGUUCCAUGUGUGGCUUCUGAAGGGUGGGCAGGAGGGACCCCAGGGGAGGUGGGCUUUCUGUGGGCAGUGCCCCUCCCCUACCCCACCUGGGCCCA